AUGGUUGAAACUAGAUGUGAUCCUUCCUUACUAAGUAAAACUAUUAAAAAGCUUGGCUAUGACAGAUUUGAAAGCAGUGCAAAUAGUGGUUUUGCUGGAGGAAUUGUUAUGGGAUGGAAAUCGAAUGAGAUUGAAGUACAUGUGUGCAAGAAGCAUGAGCAAUUCAUACAUAUGAAGAUAAAGGAAGACGGUGAGUUGUUGUCGUACUUUACUGUGGUUUAUGCCAGACCUUAUGAAGCUAGCAAGAAAGUGUUGCGGGAGGAAUUGAAGGAGAUCUCUCAGCAUAUGUGUGAUCCCUGGAUGCUUGCUGGAGAUUUCAAUGACAUUGCUUAUGUUAGUGAUAAGAGAGGAGGGGUGGUCCCUUCUCUGAAUAGAUGCAAGAAGCUGCGGGAUAGAAUGGAUAUGUGCAAUAUUAGUGAUGUUGAGGCGAGAGGUCCAGUUUUCACUUGGAGAGGACCUAUCUUUAGAGGAGGACAACGCAUCUAUGAAAAGUUAGAUCGUGCCUUUAGUAAUGAUGAUUGGAGGUUGAAGUUUCAUGAAGCUUAUGUUAAAGUCUUGAUGAGAAUGGAAUUUUCUGACCAUCACCCUAUUCUUCUAAGCUUUAGAGAGGAAUGUUGUGUAGGGUUUGACAAACCUUUCAGGUUUGAGAAUGCUUGGUUGCUUAAUGAUACUUACAGCACCAUGCUUAAGGAGACUUGGAAAAAAGAGACAGAUGUGGUGGAGAACUUGAAGAAUGUGGUUGCAGGCAUUGAUAAAUGGAAGUUUGAAUCUUUUGAUAAAAUUAAGAGAUUAAAAAAAAUCUAUUAUGCGGAGAUUAGAAGGCAUACAAAGGAGAUUGCAGAUGCAUGA